AUGCCUUUACGCUCUGUACCUCAUCCCCACCAACUAAGUAUUGGGGCUUCGCCAGCAACGAAAGGUAGUGGCUGGGGAUCACGAUUUAAAGAUCGAGGAGGGUACAGAACAACGGAGAAAAGUAGCCAGCUUUGUUACGCAUCCUGACU